AUGGGAUCAUCAUCCAUCAAGAGAGAGAGCUCAUGCACCACACUCCAACAAAUUACUACUUCUCCUCCCAAUGAAUCAUCCUCCUCAGUCUCCGAAUCAAAGAUCAACAAUAUUGUUAAACCUAGUACUACUCCAACAUCCUCUGACAAUAUUAUGGAGCAAACAAGCUUAGCCCCACCAAGCCUCGACUUCCCACCCAUCAAGUUCGAGCUCGACGGCGACGUCGAGGUCCAGUCGCCCGACAAUUCGAUCAUGUGGGACUCCUUGUUCUCCGACCAGUUCGAAUCGGCGGCUGAUUUCAUGAUCAUGUCGCCGGUGAGGAACUUGCCGCCGCCGCCAUCACCGUCCCCAUAUAACUAUCACUAUGCUCAGGCAAUGCAGGGUCAGAGCCUCUCGGGGUGCUCACCACCUCGGAGUUCAUCUCAGCUCGGAGCUUUCAGUAGUAGCACUAGUACUAAAGGGAAAGGACUAAGUCCACUCCACAAGGUAUUUACCUCCAUAAACAAUCAGUACAUGCAACAGCCUGAGAACUUAGCUUUACCGGCCAUUGAGGAGUUCUUGGAUGAUUAUAGUAAUCAAAGAGAGGGGUUUGGGGCAGCUUAUGAUACGACAACAUCGUCCAAGAUGUCAGGUCAUGUCGUUGGAAGUUCGUCGCAAACUAGUUACGACGUACCAAGUGGCAGCAAUAAUGUUAUUAAUGAUCAAGUUCAAGCUGCUGGUGCUAUGUUGGAUUGCUCAUUAAGCUUUUGUGAAGCGUCAGCGAGUAGUACUGCUGUACCACUAUCUCAACAGUUGCAACAAGAACGACAACAAGAGAAGAAGCAACACCAACAACAACAUCAUCAUCUUCAUCUUCAUAAUCUUAACCAUGGCCCCAUGAUGCCUACUCUUCCCAUUGGCGGCUUUGAAAUGGAACAAGACAGCGGGCUUCAACUGGUGCACCUCCUGCUAGCAUGCGCGGAAGCAGUGUCAAAAGAGGACUACAUGCUGGCUCGGAGGUACCUCCACCACCUGAACCGAGUGGUCACCCCUCUCGGCGACUCCAUGCAACGUGUCGCCUCCUGCUUCACCGAAGCCCUCUCAGCCCGCCUUGCCGCCACUCUCACCACCUCCACCACCACCACCACUACCUCCUCCACCUCCGCCGCCACCACGAAACCACCCGCCUUCACACCCUUCCCACCAAACUCCCUAGAAAUCCUCAAAAUCUACCAGAUAGUCUACCAAGCCUGCCCUUACAUCAAGUUCGCCCACUUCACCGCCAACCAAGCCAUCUUCGAGGCCUUCGAGGCGGAAGACCGCGUCCACGUCAUCGACCUCGACAUCCUCCAGGGCUAUCAAUGGCCCGCCUUCAUGCAGGCCCUCUCAGCCCGACCCAGCGGGGCGCCUUUUCUCCGAAUAACCGGGGUGGGCCCCUCCAUCGACUCCGUGGAGGAGACAGGCCGCUGCCUAGCCGAACUCGCCCACUCCCUCCACGUCCCCUUCGAAUUCCACGCCGUCGGCGAACAGCUCGAGGACCUCAAGCCUCACAUGUUCAACCGCCGCGUCGGGGAGGCCCUGGCGGUUAAUUCCGUUAACCGUCUCCACCGCGUCCCCGCCAACUGCCUCGGCAACAUCCUGUCCAUGAUCCGAGACCAAGCUCCCAACAUAUUAACCCUGGUCGAACAGGAAGCCAGCCACAACGGGCCUUACUUUCUGGGGAGGUUUCUAGAAGCCCUGCACUACUACUCGGCGAUAUUCGAUUCGCUGGAUGCAACGUUUCCGGUGGAUUCGGUGCAGAGGGCGAAGGUGGAGCAGUACAUAUUCGCGCCGGAGAUAAGGAACAUCGUGGCGUGCGAAGGACCGGAGAGGACGGCGAGGCACGAGAGGCUGGAGAAGUGGAGGAAAGUCAUGGAAGGGAAGGGAUUCAGAGGAGUUCCGUUGAGCGCCAACGCCGUGACGCAGUCGAAGAUAUUGCUGGGACUAUACUCGUGCGACGGAUAUCGCUUGACGGAGGAGAAGGGUUGCUUGCUCUUGGGCUGGCAGGACCGUGCCAUCAUCGCUGCUUCUGCAUGGCGAUGCUGA